ACACACACACACACACACACAAACAAACACACUCACAAACUCGACGAGACAGGACCUCUCCUCUACACAGGAGACAAGGUGGAGGCAGCAGUGGGUCAUCUGUCAGUCUGGUUGUUCGUUGUUUAGUCAGUGGAUGUUGUUUAUUUGUUUGUUGUACCACAGUGUUAGAUCAGAAUGUCAGGACAAAACAGCGAUCAACUGCACCGCACCACUCUGGCCAUUUAUACGAGCAUAAUGGAGCAGUUUAACCCAGGUCUGCAGAGACUGGUGGCACUGGGAAACAGCUACAUUCAGGCUUUCCAAGCCCUGGCCGUCACCAGUGAGGCCUAUUUCAAUGCUCUGUCUAAGAUGGGUGAACAGGCCAUGCAGAGCAUGUCAUCGCGUUUGCUGGGUGAUGUUUUGAUCCAGAUAUCAGACAGUCAGAGGAGACUCACCAGUGAGCUGGAUGGAGUGUUCCGCUGGUUCCACUCCGAGGUCCUUCGAGAGAUGGACGACAAUGUCAGACUAGAUAAAGAAUACAUAUUGAACAGCAGGAGGCACUAUGAGAUUGAAGUGAGAAACCAGGCAUCGGCACUGGAGAGACAGAUGAGGCGAGGGGUCCCACAGGACGGCAGCGAUUAUGUGCACUUUCUCAGAGAGUGUCAGAAAGAGGCGUUAAAGGAGGAAGAAAGAAGAUAUCGGUUCCUGGCAGAGAAACACAGCAGCUUCACCCAGUCCAUUGCAUAUCUCAUGAACAAGACAGGGGACGGCCUGCAAAACAGAGCAGAGGGGUGGAAAGAUCUGGUGAAUCACACGAGAGAAUCCCGUCCACGCACUCCUUCACGACAGGAGGACAACAUUCUUGAUGUUAACCGCUGGGCGGAGCAACCACUGGGCACGGUUCCCUCUAGAGGCCCCUCCCCUCAGCCCAGUCGUUCCAACUCCAUCUCGGGAUUGGCCGGAGGCAAAGUGAUGCGAGCCCUGGUGCCCCACCCUCCCUCUGCAAACUCCACCCUCCUGCCGUUCUCCAGAGGAGAAACCAUCACCCUUCUCGUUAAAGAGCCGAGGAACGGCUGGCUGUUCGGCCGCUCUGACAGCUCUGGACGGCAAGGCUGGUUCCCUGCUGCUUACGUAGGCCCCAUGGAUGAACCACCUGGACCACCUGGACCUUCUCUCUCCAGUAGCAGCUCUUUCAGAAGCAGCAGCAGUAUGAGUAACCUCCUCAACCAACCUGUGAGCAGUAGGCAACAAACAGCUCCACCUGCACCUGCACCUGCACCUGCACCUGCACCUCCGCCACCGCCACCUCCGUCAACCAGAUCCAGCAAUUCCCGGCCAGUCACUCCCACCCCUUCAGAAAACAGAAGACAAGAUGACUAUGAUUCUCGACCACAACUUUUUCCAAGAGGCACAAAUCCAUUUGCCACUGUGAAGCUGAAACCCACCAAAACCAAUGACAGAUCAGCUCCACGCAUAUGAAUAAUAUUUCAAUCAAGUCAGUUCCUUAACAGUUCUUCAGUGGCUAAUCAGUGCUGCACAUUUUACUGUUCAGCCAUUUUCAAAAGCAUUCAUUUUCCAGCACAAUCAGUACAAAGCAUCACAUUUAGGAUGAAACGACUCAAGAAUGAUCAACGAUUAGUCUUUAAAAGUCCAUUAAAGCAGGUAGUUAAGGUAAUUUACCUUUGUCUUCAGGCUGUUGGAGGGUCUGCGGCAGCAAACACAAUUAAUAACACUCUUUUAUAUGUAAUGGCCUCAUAAAUAUUUAGGCACUUAAGUCACUCUUAAAAUAUAUGAAUUUCAUGAAGUGGCAUAUUCAAACAAGCACUGUGCUUUAGUAGAUGUGUGAAGUCAGUUCUUCUCAAGUUCAUGCAGGUGCAGUUCAUCACAUUAACUAUGAACAUGUUGAACUAAUGAAAUCUGACAAACUUAUUUUUGUGAAACAUUUGGCUUGAAAAGUGUCAAGUGAAAAAUGUCACUUAAUGCAAUGACAUUUUAAAUGUGGCUUUCAUGUCCAAAUAUUUAGUCAUUUCUGUGUAUUUUAAAACAUCACUUCCAUUCACUUAUAUGCUGCAGACCAGGAAAUGUAAAUGCAGGUCAGCUGAAUUGCCUUCAAGUGCUGAGAUAAGUGCGUCUUUUCCAUCUUUACAUUUUUUUAAAUAAUUGUAUAUCAUUUGCAUUAUGUAUGCAAAACACCUCUUAAAGCAACACGUGUCCUCUGAAUGCACUUUAUAAAUGUAUACUGUCAUGUUUGUUGCUGUUUUAACUACGGUUCUAUAUGGUCUGACCUCUGGGACCCUGGCGUCUCUGAUAAACGACUAUCAGUCUCUCUCUCCCGCUCUGUGCUUGAACUUUGUCUCUCGGCUCAGUUAAUUCAUCUGACGCGUCCAAUUAUAAGCUGCCUCUAAAUUGGCUGUUCUGUCUGCUUAAGUGCCUAUAAAGUGAAUGUUCAUUUUAACCUUGACAGUAAUUGGUGUGACCUUCUCCUGAGGUGUCAAGCCCAUUAGUACAAACCCAUUUGUAGGGAUGUCUUGUAUGUUAUCAGAUGCAUUUUUUUUUUUUUUGAGAAUAUUUUUCUGUUUAAUUGAUGCUGAAUAUUCAAAACAGAAAUAUGUGCCUAUAUCACAGCAAUAAUUUGCGUGUUAUGAUUUGACCAGCGAAUACAGGAAAAGAUACAAUGUAUUGGCUUUCUUGUAGAUAUCUUCUUGAACUUGAUCUUGUUCUGUUUAAUAAAUAAAAAAUAAUGUAAAGUUG